AUGACUCAAUAUCCCGAGUAUACCCCCGCGUCCUCACUAGGCCGGGAACUGGGUAUUACAUUCGCGUUCAUCGGAGCUUGUGUGGUGACCAUGGUCAUUUACUUGGUUAUCUGGAGACGAAUCCAACUCCGCACGCAAGACGAAGACCUCGCCCGCCGUAAAGCGCUGAAAAGCCGCACUGCAGCUCUAUCAGACACCCUAUCCACGACGAACGGGCUGCAUUCAAGUAGAAAACUGAGUGCGAUUCCGGGUUCUGGGGGUGACCGUGUUUAUGACAAGGUGGUGAAUCGGUACGCGGUGUCUGGGGACCGGGUUCAUGGGUUAGGGAUGGAGGUUGGGAGGGAAGGAAGAGGGGAUCUUUUGUGA